CCCCCCCAUGGGAGGUCAGGCGACUCACCAGUUUCUAUAUUUAGUGCGGCUUCGUUUACAGUCCAGCUGAAGAGCACAAAUGAGGUGAGCAAAAUUGCAAAGAAUGACACAUACUUCCCGUGUGUAUUGGAAAUAUCGCAGGGCGACGACAACUACGUCUUAAAAAUAAACACCGCAAUCCGCGACGUUAGCCUCCCUACUGUGCAACGACCUCCAAUAAUCCUCCACAUGCUGCAGCAGUAAUCGACUACGUAGCGAUGUAAAGCGUCACGUGCCGCUAUAAGCUAACUACCUCCCCCCUCUUGAGGUACAAGAUGGCCGAAUGCGUCCUGCUGUAACAUCACAUGGCAGCCAUCCCAGCGAGCGGCUCGGUCAGUUCCCUGAAAAGUUUGUGGGAAAGCAAAAUCCAGAAAAUCCAGGACAAGCGUGAGAAGCAGGCCAGGAGGCCGCGCAGCAGGUCGGGCGCAGCGGCGGGCGUGUGGGAGGAGCGCCACGCUCUGGCUCGCCUCAGAGACAAAGUCAAGACACGAGAUGGACGCCUGCUUCUGUGCCUGGAGCGCGAGGAGUGGAAGGCGCUGCCGGGCUGCCUGGUCCGGCUGAGCCAGGUCCAGGAGUGGCACAUCCACCGGACCGGACUGCAGAAAAUCCCCAGCUUUGUCUCCUGCUUCCGGGAUCUCCUGGUCCUGGAUCUGUCGCGGAACGGCGUGACGGAGAUCCCCAAAGAAAUCGGCGGGUUGACGCGACUCCGAGAACUUUUGCUCAGUUACAACAGAGUCCGCGUUGUUCCGGAGGAGCUCGGAGACUGCGAGAGUCUGGAGAGACUGGAACUCGCCAUGAACGGAGACCUGGACCGCCUUCCGGACAAGCUGAGCCGGCUUAGGCGUCUGGAUCGUCUGGACCUGUCCAUGAACGCCUUCGGCGCCGUCCCGCCGUGCUUGCUCCGCAUGCCGGCGCUGGAGUGGCUGGACAUGGCGGGGAACCGUUUGCGCGUCCUACCCCAAGACAUCCACAGGAUGGAGAAGCUGCAAGCGCUGUGGCUGCAGCGCAACCAGCUGGAGAAAGUUCCGGAAAGCAUCAGCAGGAUGCCCCGCCUGGACACGCUGGUCCUGAGCAGCAACCGACUGACAGACAUCCCCCCCGUCAUGGAGGACAUGGCCAACCUCAGGUUCGUCAACUUCCGGGACAACCCGUUGGCGCUGGAGAUGCCCACAACUGACGGCGGCGGCGACGACGACGACGACCGCGAGCUGUUCGGACGGGAAUUCAUGCUGACGUACAUCCGGGAAGCUCGGAAGAGAGCGCACGCCGCCCUUAACGUGCACGCGCUCUCCCGCGCGUGA